AUGAAGAAGGCCAACGAGAUGUCACCAAGAAGACACUCAACGUCUUCCGGAUCGAUUAGGAUUCAAGUCAAUGAAGACUGGACACAACUGAACAAGAAGUUCGGAUGCCUUCAAAGAAAAUCCGAUGGCUUCAGAAGAUCUCGACACAAGGAUGCAAUCCAUUGUCAUGGUUCAUCAUCAACUCCCUACCAGCAAAAAAUUCUACUUCCUCUUCGUACAUCACUAUGA